GAAGGACAGUGUGAACACAGAGUAUAAGUCACGUUUUGUCAUUUCCUCCGGUAGAAUUCUUGUCCAGCUGUUAAAAUAUCUCCCUGAGAGUCUUUACGUUCCUGAGAGAGACUCUUUAAGAAGAGGCAGGCUCUCAAGAAAUCCUAAACAAAGAAAUCCAACCAAAAUCCAAGAGGCGGGCCGACACUGUCCCUGCCCCUUUUCUCACAAGCUCGUCUCUCAUUGGUCAGCGCUCUGAGCUCUCCCUCGCCUAUUGGCUGUCGUAGCCGUCAGUCAGAGGUGCUGCUUGGCCCGUUCAGGGUUCCGCUGCGUCGGGAUCAGAGGACGCAAAUCAAGUGAAACAAAAUCUUCUGACAGGAGAAAAGUUGAUGCUGGAGUUUUCAAAGAUCCCAGAGGGCCACAUGAAGUCCAAGCUGAACAUGGAGAGUCUGACCAAACCAGAGCUGCUGAUGCUUUUCAGCAUUCUGGAGGGAGAGCUGGAGGCACGGGACCUGGUCAUUGAUGCCCUAAAGGCCCAGCGUAAAGAGCUGUUUAUCCAGGAGCGCUACGGCAGGUACAACCUCAGCGACCCCUUCCUGGCCCUGCAGAGAGACAGCGAGGCCGUGGGGGCCCAGAACAAGGACCCAGGCUGUUCCUCCUCAGCCUCCAACCCUCUGGUGGUUCUCAAACUGGUGGUGAGCCACUGCAGGAGGAUGCAAGAGAAGAUGCUGGCCCAACUGGCUGCAGCAGAGAGCAGGCACAGAAGGGUGAGUCUGGAUGUCAUUGCAGAUCUGGAGGAGGAGAAGAGGAGGCAUGCUGAGGACACAGCAGAGGGAGACGAUGUCACCUACAUCCUGGAGAAGGAGAGGGAGCGUUUACAACAGCAGCUGGAGUUUGAGCGCAGCCAGGUCCGGCGGUUGGAAAAAGAACAGCGGCGGAUCACUGACCAGCUAGAAGAAGAACGGGCCCAACACAAACAGCUCUCCUGCGCUCUGGCCAAAGAGUGCAAGUGGGCGAGCGCCAGAGCUCUGGAGGAGGGUCACCGGCUGACUGAGCUGAGCCGUAAACUGGACAAGGAAAAGGAGGCCUGUCAGGCCCUGAGGAAGGAGCUGGAGGAUGAGAGGAGGAGAGCCCUCAGGAUGGAGGCGAGGGUGGAGGAGCAGCUGGCUGAGUUUGACACAGAGCGAGAGCAACUCCGCUCACGUCUGAAGAAGGAGGAAGCUCACUGUUGUCAGCUACAACAGCAGGUGGAAGAGCUGAAGAGGAACCUGGAGGAGGUGAAUAUGAUGAGAAAUACAGGAAAGGAGUGGGCCACAAAAGUUCCUCCAGGAAAGACAACAGUAGACACGAUUAAGGUCGAGGACAUUGAGGAAGACAGAAACCAGCCACCUGCACAACCAAAGGUCAACGGUCACCACUGUCCAAUGGAGACCAACGGGCACCACGGUCCAAACAGCGCCCUCUCAGAGAAGACAUGCCUACAGAAUGGGAAUGAAAAUCCUCCAGUUCAUCAGACCCAGAUGUUGUUCUCCUCCUGCAGCGCUGCCGCCGCCCCUCUCCCUCCCUCCUCCCCCUGUGCCUCGCCUGUUCUUGCCAAACGCCCACCAGGCAGCCCGAGUCCUGGUAGCUACCAGUCUCCCUACCAGGCCGGGAUCAACCAGCGCUUCCACGCCGCUCGUCAUAAGUUCCAGGGUACCGCUGACCCUGAGCCUCAGUCCCAGGCCACGCAGCCUGCUCUCCCCCUCUCGCCAAAGGACGUCUCCCCUGUGACCAGCGCCGCCUCCCCCGAGUCCAGCCCGGUGAAGCAGAUGGCCCGGAGCACGGUCACUCAGGUCCUGUCCCGCUUCACCACCGUCCAGCAGAGCGCUGCACCGAAGCUCGCGGCGCCAAACAAUUCACCCUUUGGCACAGACUACCGCAGCCUGGCAGCGCCGUUGUCUCCCGUCAUCGGAAGGGCUGCAGGAGCGCUCCCGCAGGGGAUCAGAUCACCCACCAUCGCCCGGGCAGACAGGGGCAAUCCUCCACCCAUCCCCCCUAAGAAGCCCGGCCUGGCCCAGGCCCCUCCCUCCCCGGCUGCGGUGCCCAGGUCUGCCGGCCACUUCUCCGACAGCCCCCUCUCAGGCAGCUGUGGCCUCACCUCCGGCCAGGAGGGAGUCAAAGAACUGGACGUGGUGGUUUCAUCUAAUUAAGUGAUCAGGAUGAACUGGCCAGCUGCUGCUCUGCUCCGACAUCAGUUUAAUCAGAUUUUGUCUUGUACAUGACAGGAUUUCUACCUGUGAUUAUUUGAACAGAGGUCCCCUCAAACACUGUUAUGCUCUUUGUAUUUAUUAGAUUUUUUUUGUAAUAUGUGUUGAGGCACUAUUUUAGGUAGCGAUUACGGGGCUGGUACUAAUGAGCAGUUACAACUCUUUUAGUUUAAAAUGUGCCGAUACUGUAUGUUGGGCACAUCAUACUGUUACAGUACAUCAAGUCUUUUCUAAGGUGUUAUAUUUCCAAAGAAAAUAAACCAAUUAUUAACUGAGCUAUUUUUCUCCUGUGUCUCAGUAUGUAUGCAUAGACCAAAUGUGAUAAGUCAUCUUGGACCAGUGUCUGCUACACAGUCUCACUGUACAGUCACAUGUAGCUGUCAGGUUUAUAAAAUGUAUAGUUUAUUUUAUUAAUGUUUCUUAGUUAUUAAUGUAUCAUAGUUUUAUACGACAGAUCAUCUAAUCAGUGUUGUACUGCACAUUGUUCAUGUAUUUCUUUAAUGUUGCGUAACUAUGAUAGAGAUCAUAUAGGCUCAGAUUACACACAGUCACCAUUGUACAACAUGUUGUCUAAGAUUGGUGAUUCUGAUGAAUUGUCUUUGUUACCAAGAAAACAUUAGAAAACACUGCUUAUAGUCGAUUUAUAUCAUAACACACCUGCUGUGUUUGUUCUCUCUUCGUCCUUUACAGUGUUGUAUGUGCUGUGACAGAUUUAAUAAAUUAAUCCCAAAGAU